AUCACUUCUGAACUUCUACUUUCAUCUCUACUCAAGUACAAGUUGUAAAUCUGGGUUUAUUUAUUAUACAUACGAAGAUACCUUUGAAAUCGGCGAAAUUGUUUAUAUGCGUAGCAAAAUUUAAUUAAUAUUAAGUAUUCACUUAUUUAAAUUAUUUUUGAAAUGGAAUCUUGUAUUUAAAGUAAAUCUAUUAUGGAAGAACCUUCAAAAGAAAUGAAGGUUGAAACUCCUCUAGUAACUGAUUCAUCGCCUAAAAAAUCUGUUAUUAUUAGAAUCUGGCAGUGGCUUUCAGUAAAAUACCAGAGUACUUUAGAUGCUUGGACACCAUAUACAUUUUCAAGAUGGACUGCCACUGUUAUAUUAUUAUUACUGUAUUUGGUUAGAGUGUUUUAUUUAAAGGGUUGGUACAUUAUCACAUAUGCCUUAGGUAUUUAUCAUCUGAGCUUGUUUCUUGCAUUUUUGUCCCCAAAAAUUGAUCCUGCCACAGCAGAUGAUAGUUAUGAUGAUCUGCCAGAUUUGCCAACAACAGUUCAUGAAGAAUUCAGACCUUUCAUACGAAGGUUACCAGAAUUUAAAUUUUGGUAUUCAGCAACUCGAGCUAUCUUCAUCGCCAUGUUUUGCACAUUUUUCAAAUUUUUUAACAUACCAGUUUUCUGGCCUAUCUUGCUACUCUAUUUUAUAAUGUUAUUCUGUGUUACCAUGAAAAGACAAAUUAAACACAUGAUUAAAUAUCGUUAUCUACCUUGGACAACUGGUAAAGCAAUAUAUAGAGGAAAAGAAGAUACAGGAAAGAUUGUUACUACAUGAUGAACAACAAUUUCAUAUGCUAAUAAAACUAAUUUGAAAAUUUUCAAAAUGGCAAUGUCAUGAAAUAUUUUAAAACAACCUUAUCAAAAUGCUUAUAAGGUGCUGAAAUCAAAUUAUAACUUUCCAAAAGUUUUUUGUGCUUAUCUGACGAUUAACUGAUAUGCUAUCUUCUAAAGUGAAACUUGGUUCAGAAUUGUAAAAUCAUUGGCUACAUUAAAAAAAAAAAAAAAAAAAAAAAAAAAAA